AUGGCUUGUAGGAAGUUAAAACUUUGUCGAUUAGAUCAGUAUAUUUUCCAUAAUGUAACAGAUGUGGAAAAUUGCCGUCAGAAUUCGAAUCAUUUAACAGGUUUUAGCCCUGCAGCCUGUUUUACAUUUAACCUUCCGUCAGAAAUGCAAUACGUUGAUGUAACUUCAGCUGAUCUUUGGUUUUACAAAGAAAAUGAUGAGAACGAUGUAUAUGGUCAGACAUUUGUUUUAUCAGAAUUGGAUCAUUGGGAUCAAGGUGGAAGUUUUGAAAAAAAUACUAUUAUGGCCAUUUUUGAAACAUCAAUUGAAGAAGGUUGGGUAAAAACUGAUGUUGCAUUUACGGUAAGAAAAUGGGUAGAACGGCAGAUACUUAAUCACGCAAUUCAAAUAGCAUGCAGCACAUGUUCCAUUGAUCGUGAAACUGCUCCGGUAUCUGCAGAACUAACAUUGAAGCCUUUUUUGGUAAUUCAUACAUCACCAUUGCUACCUAAAAAUCGACCGAAAAGAAAUUCCAAUUGUCUACCAGAAAUGAAAGAAUGUUGUCGUGAUCAACUUUAUAUAAGCUUUGAUGAAAUUGGCUGGAGCGAUUGGAUUCUUCACCCUAGUGGAUAUCAUGCUUAUUUCUGUCGAGGCUCAUGUUCAUCUGCAGCAUCGUUAAUUAUGAGUGGUUCACCGUACAACAAUAUUCUUCGAAAAUGGUUAAUGAAAAAUGGCGGACAAAACGAGAUUGUGCCUUGUUGCUCGCCGACUCAGCUUUCACCAAUUCAGCUUCUCUACGUAGAUUCAAACAACACGAUAACCCAAAAAACACUCCCUAACAUGGUUGUAGAAGCUUGUGGUUGCAUGUGA